AGGAAGCGUACGGGCUGAGUGGACUCUUUCACUUUUCAGCAGGGCGGUUUCUGAGAGGCGGAGUUCAGUCCCCCAUUUCCUUUCUCCCGCGGCGUAAUCCCGGGCGGCGGCGCCUGGACCCGCUGGCUUCGAACACUCCCGCGCCGGGCCCAGCGCUGUGCGCGGCCCCAGAGGUAGCAUGGGCGGCGCCCGGGACGUGGGCUGGGUGGCGGCGGGCCUGAUCCUCGCGGCCGGCGCCUGCUACUGCUUCUACAAGCUGACGCGGGGCCGGAGACGAGGCGGCCGCCGGCUUCGGCUGCGCCCCUCGCGGUCCGCAGAAGACUUAACCAGUGGAUCAUAUGAUGACACCCUGAAUGCUGAACAAGUUCAGAAACUCCUUUACCUGCUUGAAUCAACUGAGGAUCCUAUCAUUAUGGAACGAGCUUUGGUCACCCUGGGUAACAAUGCAGCCUUUUCAGCCAACCAAAUCGUUAUUCGUGAAUUGGGUGGUAUUCCAAUCGUUGGAAGCAAAAUCAACAAUCCCAAUCAGAGUAUUAAAGAGAAAGCUUUAAAUGCACUGAAUAACCUGAGUGUGAAUGUUGAAAAUCAAAUCAAGAUAAAGGUAUACGUCAGUCAAGUCUGUGAGGACGUCAUCUCUGGCCCCCUGAACUCUGCAGUGCAGCUGGCUGGGCUGAGGUUGUUAACAAACAUGACGGUGACCAAUGCCCACCAGGACAUGCUGAGCAGUUACAUCACAGACCUGUUCCACGUGUUGGUCACAGGAAACGGAAGCACCAAGGUUCAAGUUUUGAAGCUGCUUUUGAAUUUGUCUGAAAAUCCAGCCAUGACAGAUCAACUUCUUGAUGCCCAGGUGGACUCAUCAUUCCUUUCACUUCUUGAUGGCCAUGUACCAAAGGAGAUUCUUCUUCGAGCUCUCACACUGCUUCAGAACAUAACAAACUGCCUCAGCGAAGAGCGCCGUUUAGCUACACAGCCAGCUUUCCCUGCAGGUUCACUGUUUUCCCUGUUGUAUGGAAAAGAAUGUGCCCAGAAAAUGAAAGCUUUAGUUCAUCACCAUGAUGCCGACGUGAAGGAAAAGGUAACAAUGAUACCAAAAUUCUAAUUGGUUGGUCAUAGUUUUCCAAAGAGUAAUGCAGUCCAGAAUUAAUACACAGAGAUUUCUCAUUUUUUACCUUCCUCACAAAGAGAUUCUUUUAACUGCUGAAUUUAAAUAGUAAAUAUCAUGUACUGUAAAUACAUUUCAUCUUCAACACAGCUACACCUUGCCAUGAUCUUCUGGUUUGUUUUGGACCAUUUUAUUGAUACCAAAUGAAUAUCAAUUUCGGCUUGUUCUGAAACUGUUUUUAUUUUGCUUUUUGCUAAGCUACUUCAGCUAUUCCCUCUACAUGGAGCGACAGUGACCUUUUGUGUGUAAGCUCCCCUUCCCUUGUCCAGAGGGAUUUGCAGUUACUCCACCGGGACAGCGACACUGUUUCCUAACUGCCCUAGGAAGGGCCUUGUUCUUCUAGUAGCAAUGAGAUCCUGUGCUCCAAAGGCCACCUGCCACUCAGGUCUGUUCUAAUCAUAGAAUCUACUUUUAGUCCAUGAAAACUUGCAACUGUUAGGAAAAAUGUUUCCUAAUACCUACUCCUGUUUACUGUGUAUAACAUACUGGUAUCAAUCAAAACAGAAUGCUUGUCAUUCACGUGUAGGCCUUUUGGUACAUCUAGAAGGAAACCCAGUCUCCUGAGAGUAGGAUUGGAGAGCGAGGAAACGGCUUUUCUUUGUACAGGAGCUUAGUCUAUCCAGUGUUUAAAAUUUAUGCUCAGAGUAAGAAAUUAAUAGGUUUUUUUUUUUAAGUAGAAAAAAGUGGCAAGAUUAUUUUCUCCCUUUAAGUGAAAAGUUUUAUUCAUUAAUUUUCAUGUUUUACAUAACUAAAAUUAAAGAUAAAAAUUCUCAGCAGUUAUUUUAAAUAGUAUCUUUGUCCCAUAAGCUACUGUAACAAUUUGCUAUAUUUGACUUCCCCUUCUCCACCCCACAUCCCCAUGUUUUGUAAUAUUCAAGUUCAUGACCACCACCAUGCUGUUAUUAAGUAAAUCAGUUUGCAAGCAGAAGGUUUCCUAUUCAUAUAUUUAAGGCAAGAGUACUUUGAAUUUCAUUUCUAAAUAUAUAGAUUUCCAUAGGAAGUUUACAGAUCCUCAAACAGAAAAAUGUGCUUUCUCAGGGUUAUACAGAUACAGAAA